CCUAAAGAUGGCAUUAGCUCUAGAGGCUCAGGUGUGGUCUGUUCAGUAUGGAAAGUCAAUGAAAAAAUUAUAUAGUUUUCAAAUGGAUUUGAUUUUCAGUGCUAUAAAUGAUUUAUCAAAAAGAUUAAGUAGGCCUGUUCAAGACUUGGAUGAUAUCCGCACAUCAAUGUCUGCUUUGAAAGAAGUUCGUGAUCGAGAAAUUGAAAUUGACCUUGCUAUUGGGCCUGUUGAAGAAUGUUACAGUAUUCUGAAUAAACACAGUUUGAAUGUAACCAAGGAAGAAAUGGAGAGAGUAGAUAAUGUUCGAUACUCCUGGCAAAAGUUGUUAGCCCUGGCUGGAGAAACACAGACAAUACUAGCUUAUGUCCAACCUCAUUUUAAAGCUGAACUCUUAGAGAACUUAUCAGUCUUUGAUAAUGAGUGUCAAGAUUAUUAUAGGGACUACGAAAUGAAUGGUCCUAUGAUUGCUGGUCUUUCACCAAAAGAAGCAUCUGAAAGGCUUGGAAUAUAUCAGAAUCAGUUUGAUGCAUUGUGGAGGAAAUACAUUAGCUAUUCUAAUGGAGCAGGCCUUUUUGGUCUUCCAGUAUCAAACUUUCCAAGACUUCAUCGGAUUCAAAAGGAAUUGGGUCUUUUACACAAGCUCUAUCGACUUUACAAUGACGUUGUAGAUCGGGUCAACAGCUACUAUGAAAUUCUCUGGUCCAACAUUAAUAUUGAAGAGAUAAACAAUGAACUUCUGGAUUUUCAGAACAGAUGUCGUAAGUUGCCCAAAGGUCUCAGGGAAUGGCCGGCUCAUAAUGCACUUAAGAAAACUAUUGAUGAUUUUAGUGACCUCUGUCCAUUGCUGGAGCUGAUGACAAACAAAGCCAUGAAACCUCGUCAUUGGCAAAGACUGACGGAAGUCAUUGGUCAUACAUUUGACUUUGAUAGUGUGAAUUUUUCUUUGAAGAACAUUCUAGAAGCACCUUUAUUGUCUUUUAAAGAGGAUAUAGAGGACAUCUGUAUAUCAGCAUUAAAAGAGAAAGACAUUGAAGCCAAGUUGCGACAGGUGACAUCAGAGUGGUCAUUGCAUGAAGUCACUUUCUCACAGUUUAAGAACAGAGGAGAGCUACUGCUUCGAGGUGAUAAUACUGCUGAAAUCAUCUCACUUCUAGAAGAUAGUCUAAUGGUUUUAGGCUCUUUACUCAGUAAUAGGUACAAUGCUCCUUUUCGAAAGCAAAUUCAGAAAUGGGUACAAGACCUGUCUAACACCUACGAAAUACUAGAACGCUGGCUUUUUGUGCAGAAUCUUUGGGUGUAUUUGGAAGCAGUUUUUGUAGGAGGAGACAUUGCUAAGCAACUGCCUAAGGAAGCGAAAAGGUUUGCAAGCAUUGAUAAGUCUUGGGUGAAGAUCAUGACAAGAGCCCAUGAAAGACCCAAUGUAGUGGAAUGUUGUGUUGGAGAUGACACAUUGAAGCAGUUACUUCCCCAUCUUCAAGAACAACUAGAGCUAUGCCAGAAAUCUUUGACUGGAUAUCUGGAGAACAAGCGACUGCUAUUUCCUCGAUUCUUUUUUGUGUCUGAUCCAGCACUUUUAGAGAUUUUAGGACAAGCUAGCGAUUCUCACACUAUUCAAGCUCACCUGCUAAGCAUCUUUGAUAACACAAAAUAUCUAGUCUUCCAUGAUGACCAUUACAAUAUGAUUCUUUCUAUUGUUUCUUCUGAAGGAGAAACUAUAAAGUUGGAGAAAGUUGUUCAAGCUGAAGGAAAUGUUGAAAUUUGGUUGAUGAGCCUUUUACAGCAAGCUCAGAAGUCACUUCAUGGGAUCAUCAGACAGGCUGCCACUGCUAUACAAGAUUCCUUCUUUGCUUUGAUGGAUUUCUUAAACACUUAUCCAGCACAGGUGGGAUUACUUGGACUUCAAAUGAUCUGGACCAGAGAUGCAGAGAAUGCUUUGGAACAAGCCAUAACUGAUAAAAAGAUAAUGGCCCUUGCCAAUGAAGCUAUUCUUGACCUGUUGAAUACAUUGAUUGAUGAAACAACACAAGAUUUGGGACCUAUGGAACGCACAAAAUUUGAAACUUUAGUGACAAUUCAUGUCCAUCAAAGGGACAUAUUUGAUUCAUUAUGUCGAAUGAACAUUAAAUCACCAUUGGACUUUGAAUGGCUUCGUCAGUGUCGUUUUUACUUCAAGGAAGAUAUUGACAAAACUAUAAUCUCAAUAACAGAUGUAAACUUUACAUACCAGAAUGAAUUUCUAGGAUGCACUGAGAGACUGGUGAUUACACCUCUUACUGACAGAUGUUAUGUAACCUUAACCCAAGCCCUAAGCAUGAGCAUGGGUGGCUCACCAACAGGUCCAGCAGGUACUGGAAAAACUGAGACAACUAAGGACAUGGGCAAAGCUUUAGGAAAAUACGUUGUAGUAUUCAACUGUUCAGAUCAGAUGGAUUACAGAGGCUUAGGGAGAAUAUAUAAAGGCCUCGCUCAGUCAGGAUCAUGGGGAUGUUUUGAUGAAUUCAACCGUAUUGAUCUACCUGUGUUAUCAGUAGCAGCUCAGCAGAUUGCAAUUGUUCUAUCUUGCAAGAAAGAAAGAAAAAAACAGUUUAUAUUUUCUGAUGGAGACAUAGUUCAAAUGAAUCCAGAGUUUGGCAUUUUUCUUACAAUGAAUCCAGGCUAUGCAGGGAGACAGGAGCUUCCGGAAAAUCUAAAGAUCCAGUUUCGGACUGUAGCUAUGAUGGUUCCAGAUAGACAGAUUAUUAUAAGGGUCAAAUUAGCCAGUUGUGGUUUCUUAGAAAAUAUCACUCUUGCUCGUAAAUUUUACACACUAUACAAGUUGUGUGAGGAGCAGCUGACUAAACAAGUUCAUUAUGACUUUGGGCUUCGGAAUAUCCUGUCAGUUUUGAGGACUUUAGGAGCAGUGAAAAGAUCCAAUCCUCAUGAUUCAGAAAGCAUGAUUGUGAUGAGGGUGCUUCGAGACAUGAAUCUUUCUAAAUUGAUUGAUGAAGAUGAGCCAUUGUUUCUCUCUCUUAUCAAUGAUUUGUUUCCUGGUAUUGCAAUGGACAAGAAGGGAUAUCCUGAUUUGGAAAAAGCUAUAUCAGAAUGUAUCACUGAAUUGGGAUUAAUUAAUCAUCAUUUGUGGUCCCUAAAGUUAAUCCAGCUUUAUGAGACUCAGCUGGUAAGACAUGGGAUGAUGACUUUAGGCCCAGCAGGAGCAGGAAAAACAACUUGCAUCCAUAUCUUGAUGAAAGCCCUGACAGCUUUAGGAGAACCACACAAAGAAAUGAGAAUGAAUCCUAAAGCUAUCACAGCUCCUCAAAUGUUUGGAAGACUAGAUGUAGCCACUAAUGAUUGGACAGAUGGGAUUUUUUCUACUUUAUGGAGGAAAACGUUAAAAGCUAAGAAAGGUGAACACAUUUGGUUAGUAUUAGAUGGACCUGUUGAUGCUAUAUGGAUUGAGAACUUGAAUUCUGUUUUGGAUGAUAACAAGACUUUGACCCUAGCCAAUGGAGACAGAAUUCCCAUGGCACCAAACUGUAAAAUAGUAUUUGAAGUGCAUAACAUUGACAAUGCCUCUCCAGCCACAGUGUCCAGAAAUGGAAUGGUUUACAUGAGUUCCUCGGGGCUCACCUGGAAGCCAAUUCUUCAGGCUCGACUUUGUAAGUGGCCCUCUACAGAAGGAGCAACUAUCAUGGAACUGUUCGAGAAAUCUUUCCAUGAUGCAUUUGCCUGGUCUACUCAACAGUUAACAUUCAAGAUGGAAGUAUUAGAAUGUAACAUUAUUUCUCAGGCCAUAACUCUUCUGGAAGGCUUAAGUCCAAGAGAUGAAAGAGAAAUUGAGGUGUCACAGAGCAUGCUUCAAAAACUUUAUGUUUUCGUGCUAAUGUGGAGUAUCGGGUCCUUCUUGGAACUGUCAGAUCGUUUAAAGUUAGAGUCAUAUUUACAAGAAAACUACUCCUCCAUCUUGGAUUUGCCACCUAGAGCAGAAGACUCUGAAAAUAGUAUGUUUGACUACUGGGUAAAUAGCAGGGGUAAGUUUGAGGUUGUACAGAAUAGGAAAUAA